AUGCGCUAUUCGGCAUUAUUAGCCGCCCUCCUAUCGUCUUCUUUUGCCGGCGACCUCAUCACGCUUCACCUGCGUGGUGAUGGCUGGAUAUGUUCGGAUGGCAGUAAGCCGCCAUGGGUGAAGAUCGGGGCAAACCAGCAGGAUGAUCAUAACAUGUUUGAUCCGUCAGUGCAAUGUGACCUGAAUUGCCGUUCGAAAAUAACGAUGCGAAACAAGGGAGGCAACGUGCUAGUACUUGUCAAGCAUGACUGCACAAAUGCCGACACCAAGCAUUAUUGCUUCACGUUCAAAAUGCCCGACGAGAGUGGCCUGGAUAAGCAGAAUGAAUACGAGUGUGGGGUGCGCAAAAGUACCAACCCCAACAUUUACGCCAUUGAAAUACCCCUGGAGGACAAGCAAUGC